AGUCCGCGGGGAAGUUAGCGCCCAUCUGCCCCGGGGGCCGGACUCUGGACCCUGUUAGAGGACUUCUCCUAUUGUACCUGUUUUCUGGGAGCUGUAUCCCGCUUCCCCUGCUGGGUAGGCGGCGCGGGGAAGGCGGAGGUACUGGCCCGUCUGGAAAAUCGUGGGAGCGAGCCAAACGUGCGAGAGGCGGAGUUUUGGGGUCAAAGUUUUGGCCGAAGGAAAUUAGGAUUGCUGGGUCUGAAAGUGUCGCAACCUGCUUUUAGCUUACUGUCGCCUCUGUGCUGACCUCCUUUCAGCGAAAAGAACUAUUUUAGGUGUGUGGUGUGCAGUGGACAGCAUCUCGGAUAAUCCUCGGGCGUCAUGUCCCACUAUCUGAGAUUUUUCACAGCGGUAGGGGACGAUGAUGGUGUCGCCUCUCACUGGGAGGAUGAGGAACUGCACGAGGCCAGCGAGGAUCUGGAGCCGGCAAGACUCCACGUCACUCAGCUUACCUUCCGAGAGUCCAUGCAAAGGCUUUUUAGCUCCGAGAAAUUCCAGAUAGCUGUUGUGUGCCUGGUGGUGUUGGACGCUGUUUUUGUUUUGUGCGAGUUGCUCAUUGACCUGUCGAUAAUCCAAGUGGACCAGCACCGGAUUGCCCCACAGGUGUUCCACUACCUCAGCUUGGCUCUGCUCACCUUCUUCAUGGUGGAGCUGGCGGUGAAGCUCUACGCCUAUCGCCUGGAGUUCCUAAGACACAAGUUUGAGGUGUUUGAUGGGGUGGUGGUAGUUGUGUCGUUCGUCCUAGACAUUGUGUACAUCUCCAGGGAAGACGCUUUUGAUGGCAUGGGCCUGCUGAUACUGCUCAGGCUGUGGAGGGUGGCCAGGAUUGUGAAUGGGAUUCUGGUGUCUGUGAAGAACCGAGCCAAUUACAAAAUGCAGAAGCUGAAGGAGAGCAACGAUGGCCUCGUCCGUCAGGUCACUGAGAUGCAGGAAGAGAAAGCCAGAAUGGAGGGAGAAAUGAGCAGGCUUCGAACACUCUUAAAGCAGCACAAUAUAGACUUCUGAUGGUCCCGUCUCCAAAUCAGCCACCCCUGCAUCCCCACAAACUACAGCGAAUAAUUAGGUGUGUGGAACGUCACCCAAAGACAGCGGAAACAUAAUGCACACCCAGUGGAAACAGCUAGAGCAGGAUCCUCCUGAUCCAGUCUCAGCCAGCUUCCAGGUCUUCUGUCCUCUCUGCAGGCCUGGAGGGUCAUAGUAAUGUUUGCUGAUUUGAGUCAUGUGCCACAGCCGUACAGAGGAGGCCGUAAGCUACACCAUAAGUACACGUCAGAUAGAGUAGUAGUGUAACGUCUGGCCAGAUGAUGCCAUCAGGGUGUCACUUUACACUAUGCAAUGUAAAGCAAUCAUAAAAGUAUUCUUUAUUAUAAGUAGUAGUAUGUACAGAAAUUUUUUAAAAGCAUUUAAAAAAAAACCAUAAUAAAUUAGUGCUGCUAA